AACGCGACGCACUCGGCAACCGUCACGGUGGCCGGCACAGCGCACCCCAUCACAGAGCUGGUCAACCUAUCUGAUACGAAGACUUGGUUCGACUACAAGAAGCUGGUCAAGCAUGUGGAUGAGAGCAGUUUCCCGAUUUGCCCUGCCGGCCAUAACGCAGAGAGGUAGCUCUUCCAUGGCCUGUCUGCCUCUGAGGGCUUGUGUAAGACCAUGGUGGGCUGCAGCCCCAGCACCCUCGUGUUUGAACCCAGUGGAAUUGCGUGGACUUCAGACAAUGGUGGCAGACCCCAUGCCUAUGGCUCGCAAUGGAGUGAGGCAGGUCCGGACCCUGGAGAAGGAGAGGCUGGUGGAGGUGGAAUGGGAGGACGGGGGCCAAAGCCUUUACCCUUUCACUUGGCUGAGAGACAAUUGCCAGUGUCCGCUGUGCACCCUGCAGUCGGCACAGGCACGCAGUCUGUUGCUCUCCCAGCUUGACAUUCACACAGGAGUUGACCACAUCCAGGUCACAGAUAAUAAGGUAUGCAUUGUAUGGCCUGACCAGCACACCAGUGAGUUUGAUCCAGAAUGGCUGAAGAAACGCUGUUUCUCCACGGCUGCCCGACAGGCAAUGCAAGAAGAGCUUUUCAUCAAUGAACGCCUUUACUGGGAUUCCUCGCUGCAUAUUCCCACAGCCAGUUUCCAGGACAUUCUCCACGAUGAUAAGGCAGCUCUGGCCUGGCUCUUGGCACUUCGCCGUGUUGGCAUUGUCUACCUGAAGGGGGCUCCUUUGGAGCAAGGCCAGGUGGCCAGAUUGAGUGAGAGGAUUGGCUAUCUGAGACUCACUUUCUAUGGGCACACAUGGCAGGUCCAGGACAAACCUAUGGCAAACAAUGUCGCUUACACCUCUGGGAUGCUCAGCCUCCAUACAGAUUACCCUGCAUUGCACUUCCCACCUGGAGUGCAGUUUCUGCACUGCCUGAGCCCGGCUGUCAAAGGAGGGGAGAGCCAGGUUGUGGAUGGCUUCCAUAUGGCUGAGAAGCUGCAAAUAGAAGACCCAGAGGCCUUCCAGAUCCUCACCUCCUGCCGAGCAGACUUCACCGACACGGGGACAGACUACUGUGACUUCUUGGUGCAGUCAAAGAACCGCAUCAUUGAUGUGGACUACGAGGGUCGAGUCUCAAGGAUAAAUUAUAACAAUGCCACUAGAGAUUCUGUGCUGGACCUCCCCUUACAUCAGGUUCAGCCCUUCUAUCGAGCGCUCAAAGCCUUUGUAGACAUCAUGAAUCGGCCAGAGAAUGUGGCCACCUACCGAAUGGAAUCAGGGGAUUUGAUAACUUUUGAUAACUGGCGUUUGCUCCAUGGGCGGAGGCACUACACCAGCUCCCCAGACAAACUGCGGCACCUGGAGGGUGCCUACCUUGACUGGGAUGAAGUCAUGUCUCGCCUUCGACUACUCCGCAAGUCUGUCCACGGAGACAGAUAAGCCCGUGGAGCCUUACGGCAUUUAAAGGAAACUGUAUGACAUGGCAUGGCUCUGAGCGUUAAGCUAAUGGUUUGUCCUUAAAGUUAAGAUGACAGUGGGCAAAGUGCAAAAGUAACUUCUAAAAGAAGGGUCAAGAGGUAAAGUCUCUGACCUGAAUAACCAAGAGUAAAAUAAUGUUUGAAUGAUUUUGAGAACUUUUUUUCCCCCCACAAUAAGGGUUUUUGGGCCCUUGGCAUAGUGUCAACUGACAAAUGAACAAAAUGAUAGUCAAAGCUACAAAUGAACAUACUAUGUUUGUUCAUUGCAACGUUUUGUAAGAUUAAGUUAAAUACUCUUUUUUUUGUUUUAUAUGAUGUCCCCUCCAUAGGUAUUACUAUGGCAGCAUACUAACAUGAUAUCCCAUCACUACGUAGUUAGAGUAACGCUCCCUGAUCUCAGGUUUAACUUUUGUGACACGUACCGUGUCCAUUGCCUUAAGGAAGUCAUAAAAAUACUUAAAUUUAAUAUGCUCUUAAUGUUUGACUAAAAUCUUAAUAAUGUCUUGCUACCUCUGUUUUAGAAUAGGCCACGCUACUGUUUACAGAAGUUUCAAAUUGGGGAUGCCUAUUAAAAAGAUUUUCCCUAAUUGACAUUCAAUCAAAUUAACACACAAAAAAUGUCAGCUGAUUUACUUUACACAGUCCCAUUGAUAUGGCAUAUGUAGCAAAACCAACGUAUUUAUCAUCAGUUUCAUGGCCAGUAAACCAGUUCCACUUGGACAGAAACUCAAAAGGCCAGAUAAAACUCAAGUAGCACAGAAACAAUGGGUUAUAUCAGCAAAUACUUUUUUAUUAAGAAAUGUCAACAUAAGAUCAGUGUAGGUAAACAACGGACAUCCAUGGGUCGAUUAUUUGCGGGCAUCCCUAAUUCUGAUUGUAUCACGUUUAUGUAUUGAAAAAUCAUUUCGAUCUCAGAAAACAAAACAGGGAUUAUUAGAUCAGUAAACGGGUGUCAUAUUUUAUCUAUCUGAUACAGUACAGCUUUUCAUUUUACUGUCAAGUCCAUGGUGUAAACGUUACAUUAUUAUCAUAAUGUCGUGUGUACUAUACUGUGUAUUUACAGGUUUUGACCGAAUGAGUGCCAAUCGGGUUUUUCACCCAAAUCCAUGGUUCCAUGUGUAAUUAAUCCAACCCCGACCACACCUGCUUUGUUUGAUAAUUCCAUUAAAUUUUGCCAAAUUCAAAUGUCAUUUCGGUGCCAUGACCCAUGGCUGUGAUGGCAUAAGGAUGUGCCUUUAUAAGUUGGAGUCCAUUGAUUUGAAGCUACAUUCGUUUUCAUUUCUAAUAUUCUGAAUAAUCAAUAUACGAUCGUCCUAUAUACUAUCCAGUGUUGGUUCCCCCAGAGAAUGCUUUGAGUGCUGUAAAACCAGGUACUGUACUUGUUCCACACACCCUAUUACCUGUUAACUAUUCAAUGCAACUUUGUGUACCUCACCAUCUCUUAGAUUUGGGUCAGCCACUUCAUGCUGAACUCGAUGUCCUUCUGAGACACGAGAACUGAUGCUGAGUUUAGUACGUUUGAUUUUUAUAGGUGCUUGGUAUUAUGGUGAGGACAUGUAAGGAAUUUUUCAAUAUGUUGGUUUGAUUUUUUUUUUUUCAGAGAGAAAACAAUUGGGUAAGACUCAAGAUCUUAGCUAUUAAACGUAAGGUUGGUAGGUAUAGUUUUAUAUACUGAGAAGUGUUCUUAAAUCUGAAGUCUACCAGUCUGGCCUUGGACCUGUGGGAGCUCUUCUAGUCAAUGUAAAUUAAUUUGCUUUUCAUGACUUGAGUCUUGUUUACUAUCUAUGGGUCUGACAGUCAGCUGAUAUCUGGGUAUUAAAACUGUUACUUGUUAUAGUAUUAACUUUGUGAGACUUCAACGGAUGAUAUUUUGAGUGUUCACAAUGUUAUCUCUGACUUGUUUAAACUCCCACAUACGUAGGUUGUCAUUCUUUAAAAUAUCUUUUUAUUCAGGCAUUUGUUUUACUUCUGUGCUUUAUGCAUGUUUUCAAGCUCAAGGAAAAUGCACUUACGAUAAAAUCAAAUUGCUUUGCUGGAUGUGGUAGUAAUGAAGAAAAUUUGUUUUUUUUCCUGCCAUGUCACCUGAGCUCCUUAGCAUUUGGAGAACUUAUUCAAGGGCUUGACGACUCAAAGCUUGCAACCAAAAAGGAUUUCUUUAUGUCUACUUGUGUGGAAAAAUAACCCAUAAAGUGACUUUGAAGUGA